AUGCCCCUCCAUGGAAUGGAAGAGGGACGAAGGACUCUUCUAUCUCCAUUGUCACCGUCGUCGUCAUCGCCAUCGUCCACCGUAGACGUCGGCGAAGACGACAACGAUGCUAGAGGUUGGGAUGAAGCUGACGACGACACCGACGGCACCAAGUCAUUGACACCGACAGGAUCGUCGCCAUCUUCCCAUGGCCAUGGACCCGAUGAAGAAUGUUGCUGGAAUAGGCGGUUGACGCGAUGUUUGGAUGUUGGCGAUGGAUCUUGCCCUCGAUUCUUGCCCGAGCCCUACGCCCUGGAAUUCUCGUUUAAGAUUUUGCAGUGA